GCCAAACUUGCAAGUUUGACCAGCUUGGGGAGUUGGGAAAAGCAGAAGGAGAGGUGGACGAUAGUGGUAGCUUCAAGGUGGAGAACCACUUCACGGAGCCCAUAAGCGUCGAGGUCAUACGCGAGCUCCGCACUCGUGGUGAUACAAACAAGCCGGAAGCUCCGACUCCUGAAGAAACGAUCUAUGUAACUCCCGAUAAAGUGCUCCCUGAAGAAUCCAUUACGCUAACUCCCAUCGACAAAAUUGUGGUCUGGUUCCAGGCGACCUCAUCGACAGGUUCUAUGGAGGGGGAGAUCAUUGGGAAGAAAGUGGAGAUAAUUCUUAAGGGCAAGAACCGGACGACGCAGACGUACAGUUUCGACGAAGCAGGCAAGUGGAAAGAGGGUCCACUUCCCUCAUCCUAA